AUGGCUUUAACUUCAUGUAAACUCGACGAACUAUUAUGUUUAUUACCUCGUGAAGUUCACGAAAAAACUGUAGAAAUUUAUAAUACUAUUCCCGGUUCAUUACUUAAAUUUAUUGGUCCAAAACCAAUUACGAAAAAAGCAGAACGCAGUGAACAUCAGUUGAUGACAGAAAAAUCAAUGGAAACUGAUGAUAAUGAAUAUCAGAAUAAUCCAAUUCAAGAUUCAAGUUAUUCGAAUCAUCGAAACAUUUAUCAUCACGAAAAUGAUGAAGCUAAUCGGACAUAUCUUACUGAACCAAUGCAUGAAACAAAACAAGAUUAUAUGGGACAUAAAACUGGAAUAAAAAAUAAUAAAGAUUCGAACUAUCUACGUAUACAUUUAGAAAAUUCUAUACGAAAAAUGUUUGAUGAUCGACUAAUAACUGAAAUCGAUCCAAAUACUUUAGCUUAUGAAAUAUCGACAAAAUGUCUUGAACAAUGUCCAGAAUGGGGUAAACAAUGUAAGAAUUCAUCAACAAUCAUUCAGUUUAAUAAGAUAUUUAUAUCAGAGAAUGAUUCAACAAAAAUGAAUAUUCUUGUUUACGUUUAUGCUCAUUUGAAAUGUGAAUUUGAUACAUUAGUUUUUGGAUUGAGAAAUAGAAAUCAAUAUAAAACUAGUUACGAUUUAGCAAUUGAAUUAAAUGGAAUAUCAAUAAAUUUAAUGAAAUUAAUUGAAUUCUGUCAACUUGUUAAGGAAAAUAGUGUUCAUGAUGCAAUUGAAAAAAUUGAAGCAAAAACUCAAUUAACAUGGAACGAUUUAUAG